AUGUCCACGUCCCCGUGGUGUCCGAGUCCUACCGGCUGCGAUGUGUUACGCGCCCCUGCUUUAGAAAAAAAAGAGAAGCAAAACUUCAUAGAAAUGGCGGAGGGUGCAACGACUCUCAAAGGCUUGCGAGCCCAAAUGGCUGCAGCUGCACAGGCACAAGCCGAGGAGCGGCGCAGCCUUGCAGGGAAUAGUCCAGGACCUACAAGCAACACACCAGCUAAACCUCAGGGGUGUAAGCCAGUCAUUGACGGUGCCACACUUAGAAUAGACGACCGACUGCGAGUGGCAAAAGAGAGGCGAGAGGAGGCAGAGAGACAACAGGCUUUGCGAGAGUCUCAGAUCAUGGAGCGGGAGCGCAAGGCCAAGCUGCAAGUGGAGCGUCAAAUGGAAGAGCGUCAGAAAAAGGUUGAGGAACAGCGAAGGAAAGAGGAGCAGAAACGACUGGCUGUGGAGGAGAAGAGGAAGCAGAAACAGGAAGAGGAAAAGGAGCACUAUGAAGCAGUGAUGCGGCGAACAUUGGAGCGUAGUCAGCGAGUGGAGCAGAGGCAGAAAAGGUGGUCUUGGGGAGGACUGUCUACAGACUCAGAUGGACGAACAGGAAACUCUGAUGCCAGUGCCUCAUCUCCAGUAGCUAUAGUUAUCUCCCCUGCCUCGCCAGAAAAGCCACCAAGGAGUCGACAAGUGGACAAGCGCUCCACAUCCACCAUGAACCUGAAACAGCCGUCUGAGGCUGGCAUCAGCAAACGCCUAUCCUCUUCCUCUGCCACCCUCAUCAAAUCUCCUGACAAAAGAGUUAAGCCGAGAAGUUCAUCUUGUAACCGGUUGCCUAGCAAUGGCAAUGCUGCUCAGGCCAGUAAGGAAGACGGCAAAAAACUUCAGGUGGAGCAGACAGGCCAUUCCGUGAAGAAGAGAAGUUCCUCCCUCACUCGAGUAAGUGUGGGCAGAGCACAGACCCCUGCCAAGCCUGAUAAGGGGACAACGGAUGAUCAAGCGCGCAGGCCACCGGCCAGCGCUGUGGACGGAGGGGUCCUUAGUCGCCUGCUCACCCCCACCCAGGCCUCACUAGCUAGGAGCAAGAGCGCCGCCGCCCUAUCCGCUGAAGGAAGAGAUGAUCCAGAGUGUCACCUGUGUCCUCGCUCAGCCUCUGCCAGUCCCCUGCACCCACCGCGUGGACCUGUGCGCAGCCGUAGUAUUGACCGACAGAAGAGCGGCAUGACCACCUCUGUUUCAGCUGACGGUGCCCUCGACCCUUCACUGAAGGAGAAGCAGUUAACAUCACCUGGGGGGCAACGUCCCGCCUCCCCAUCCACUGCCCUAGGACGUAACCGCUCACCGUCCCCAGCCCCUAAUCCAACUCCAAAGAGGACCCCCUCCCCAGCAGCAACCAAGCAAAGUUCCAAGACACGCCCAUCUUCACCUGGUGCAAUGAAACAACGUCCCCCAUCCCCCCAGCCUACAUCAACCAAACCCCCACCCAUCCAGAAACCAGCUCUCACUCCAACAGGGCCCCCUACUUUGCGAAAGAGAGACUCCAAGUCCAAGGAUUUGUGUCCUGUCCCAGCUGUAGCGCCACAGUCCUCUGAUGCCAGCAAGUCCAAAGAGAAAGAUGACUCUAAGGCCUCAACAGGCACCAACUCGGCUGCUGAGGCAGCCAAGAUCCUGGCGGAGAAUCGCAGACUGAUGCGAGAGCAGAAGGAGAGAGAGGAGCAGCUCAGGAUACAGAGGGAGGAGGAGGAGAGGCUGAGAAAGGAAGAAGAAAAACGUUUAGCGGAGGAGGCUCGACUGAAACGCCUGGAGGAGGAGAAGAAGCUUGCAGAGGAGAGAAAACUCAAAGAAGAAGAGGAGGCUCGCCUGGCAGAGGAGGAGCGUGUGAGACUGGCCGAAGAGGAGGCACUCAAACAGGCAGAGCUCCAGAAGGAACGAGAGGAGGCUGAGGCCAAGGCUCAGGAGGAGGCAGAGAGAGUCCGUCAGGAGAGAGACCGCAUCAUGCAGCAGAACCAGCAAGAACGAAUGGAGAGGAAGAAGAGAAUUGAAGAAAUAAUGAAGAGAACUAGAAAAGGGGAAACAAAUGACUUGAAGAGAGACGAUGAGAAAUGCUCACAGGAGAACGGAGAAGAGGGAGGGGACCAGCUAAACUAUGAAACCAAGAUUGACGACAUAGCCCAGACAGGUGACAUUGCCAUGGAGGCUGACAAAGAUGAGAGUGGUCUGUCCUCUGGCGAGUCUAAACAACAAGACGAGCCCCUGCACAGUGUCAAUGGAAAACCAGAGACUGACGACAAGGAGAAUAACAAUGGCAUGAGCACAGAUGAGACUCAGGCAGUAAGUCCAGUACCUAAAGGUCGCCUCGUCGAGGGCUCUGAGUUCCUGAAUGAGCAGGACUCUGCCAAAGUGGGGUUGGUCUCAGGUCUGAAUGGUAAAUCUAACCAGUGGAGCUUUGAGGAACUCAUUGACCUCAAUGUCCACUCCAAGACUCGGCCCCUCAUGGAAGCGGAGGACUGUAACCAGGUCUUGAUCAACUGUGACGGGAGCUCAGAUGGGACCAGGGUGGCCUUCGAGGACAAGGGAACCCCCGUCAGCACCCUGCAUCCCUCUAAUCAACCCAUAGAAGCCCUUUCAGAGAUUUGAUGCUGCAGCUGUCGCUGAGAAGCCUCUCACUGUUGCACUCCUAAAGUUCCUGUCCAGCUGAUCUCCUUUAAAAAAAAAAAAAAAAAAAAAAAAAAAAGUCCUCUCUACCAGUUCCAAACAGCUUCCUCUUCUUUGUCCUCCUCUUCUUCCAGAGGGAGGAG